ACCUGCUUACUAGGCUACCAACGGAGGACGUUAGUUUCUCUUCAGUGUAAACCGCCUAGGGGAAAGUCCCCGGACCCAUGGCAGAGAGUGUCCCGCUUUGAAGCGGUUACCCUUCUGUAACCACCGCAUUGAAAGCGCUAAGAUGUUUUCCACGACGGAGCGCGCGGCCGCAGUUGGGGCAUCCGUCUCAGUCGGAAGUGACGCAGGUAAUGUACAGGGUACAUCAACAGCACGGGGCUCAUUCUCAGAAUGUCAGUUUUUUAACGGCCGUCGCCAUGGAGACCGUCUCAAUGGUCACCAACCGUCAGACGCCCUUCCUGCGCAGUUUUAUCUUUCUACUUCAAAAGUUCGAAACAAAGAUCUUUUCCCUCCGACGAUCUGGCUGUAAGUCAGAGUAUGGGUAUACGAUCGUUUCGAAUUAAAAAACGUCAAGAAGCUCGGUCGAGGUCACGUGACGCGGGGAGCGCAUGCGCGGCGCGGAGCCAGGCCCAUUCCGGAGUUUGUUUGGAGAGUUUACCGGGCGGUCGCCAGCACAAUGCUGGGGCUCGGCCAGUGUCCCAAGGCCCGGCUCUCCGUCUACGUAGAGGACUAUUUAGAGAGUGUAGAAGCAUUGCCGUUGGAGCUGCAGCGGAGCGUCUCCCGACUGAGGGAGAUCGAUACCCGGUACCGAGAAGUUUUAAAGGAACUUGAUGAUGCUUAUGAAAAGUAUAAGCAAGAACCAGACAUUAUUCAAAGAAAACGGCUGCUUCAUCAACUCCAGCGAGCAUUAAUUAACUCCCAAGAACUGGGAGAUGAGAAGAUUCAGAUUGUUUCUCACAUGAGUGAGCAAGUGGAGAACUGUGCAAGGGAGAUGGAUAGUCACUCAGAAUGUUUUGAGGACCAAAAUGAACAUGAAAGCCCUAUUGAGAAGAUAAAAAUGGAAGUGUCACAAACUGAAAGACCUUCCCGAAGGCUGCGUAGACAAAAAAACAGUGAAAACCGUGACUUGUGUCAAGUUGGUAAUGAAACUGAAGAGGUAGAGGAGCCUCCUAAAGAAAAAAGAUCAAAAUCCGCAAAAAAGAAGCGCUCAAAAGCUAGACCAGAAAGGGAAAUCUCCCCCAUUGAUUUUGCUAUUGAUCCAAAUGAACCAACUUACUGUCUGUGCAACCAAGUGUCUUAUGGUGAAAUGAUAGGAUGUGAUAAUGACGAAUGCCCAAUUGAGUGGUUUCACUUUUCUUGUGUAGCCUUAACAUACAAGCCAAAAGGCAAAUGGUAUUGUCCUAAAUGCAGAGGUGAUACUGAAAAGACUAUGGACAAAUGCAUAGAAAAAUCAAAAAAAGAUAGGAAGUUAAGGUAGUGACUACCAAAAAUAUUACAAGGUUUUCAAACUUUUGCCAUCAUGUAUAUUAGCUUAAAAUGUAUGUGUAACUAUGCAAUCAUUUUUAUGAUAGUAUUAAACAUUGCUGAAUUUUGAUUAAUGUA